AUGUCGAGAGAGACCGAGCACCAGAAUGGGGUCGCCCUCGAGCCCAGACUCUCCGUGCAAAAGGAAGGCGAUCGGGAAAUUGGUAAUGACAGCUGCGCUGGCGAGGCCCUGGACGUCGUUCUCGACCCGAAAAAGGAACAGAAGUUGCUCGUGAAGUUGGAUGCCGCCUUUGUGCCCAUCAUCAUGCUGACGUAUCUAUCUUGUUUCUUGGAUCGGUCGAAUAUCGGAAACGUCAAGGUUGCCCAUAUGCCCGAGGAUAUCAACGCCUCUGACAACCAAUUCUCCAUUGCUGUCUCCAUCUUUUACGUGACCUACGUACUAUUUGAGUCCCCGUGGGCAGUGCUCAUGAAGAAAUUGACGCCCCGGAAUAUCCUGACAGCGCUUUGUAUUGUCUGGUCCUUGACCACCAUUUUUACCGGCUUUAUCGAGUCGGUGGGCUCGCUGUACGCCACACGCCUCAUCCUAGGGGCAUGCGAAGCCGGCUUGUUCCCCUGUCUGAACCUCUAUCUGACAAUGGUCUAUCGCCGUGAGGAGCAAGCGAAACGGGUGUCAUAUCUGAUGAGCUGUGCCGCGAUCUCCGGGGCAGUUGGGGGUCUGCUAGCAUAUGGUCUUCUGCAUAUGGAUGGGAUUGGAGGCAAAGCAGGGUGGAGAUGGGUGUAUAUCAUCGAAGGCCUGUUUAGCGCCAUGUGCGCUAUCUUGAUCUGGUUUGGCCUGCCCAACAAUCCAGCCGAAGCCUACUUCCUCAAUGAAGAGGAAAGGUGGAUGAUGCGCGUGCGGAAUGAACAGCGUCGCAAGUAUAUGGGAAGCGACAAGUUCAGCUGGGAAGAGAUGCGGAUCGCCCUGAGCGACCCAAAACUCUUUUGCUCCGGAGUGAUCCAGUUCUGUCAGGAUAUCCUGCUGUAUGGAUUCAGUACCUUUUUGCCAACCAUCUUGCAAGGAAUGGGUUACGACUCGCUCAUGAGCAAUGUGCUGACUGUCCCGGUCUAUAUCUGGGCAGCCAUCAUCUUCGUUGCGAUCGCAUUUUGCUCCGAUCGGUACUCCAAGUUUGCUUCUUUCAUCUUCACAACUAACAUCUUCGGAAUCAUUGGAUACAUUUUGCUCCUCACGGUCGGAAACACCGCGGUGCAGUACUUUGCGACAUUCCUGAUUGGCAUCACCACAUACACGGCCGUGGGACUAAAUGUGGCCUGGUUGAACGUCAACAUCGCUCCGCAGUAUCGGCGAGCCUUGGAAAUCGGACUCCAGCAGACAAUGGGCAAUUGCGCAGGGAUCGUGGCCGGCCAGGUGUACCGGGAGUCCCCAUAUGUCCUGGGCAAUGCAUUCUCCCUGGGCUCGCUAGUCGUGUCGCAGAUCGUUAUAACAUGCUUCGGCUUGUAUUUGCGACGCGAGAACAAAAUCAAAGAACAAAUAACUAGCGGAGAGAGGGAGGAUACGCGUCGUGUGCAGACCGGCGAUGGUGACGUGGACUUCAACGUCGCCCCAUGGGGAUGGGCAUGGGUAUGGGGGGAUUCGGACCCCCUUCUCGCAGGCAUAUCUACGGCGGGGGGAUGGGCGGAAUGGGAGUCUGUGGGCCUCCUCGCCGACAUUACGGAGGAGGAAUGGGCAUGGGGGGCGGGGGAUUCGGACCAGGCGGAGGCUGGGGAGGACCCCCUGGAGGUGGCGGGUUCAGUCUGGGGUUCUAUGGAGGAAGACACUAUGGAGGAAGACACUAUGGAGGAAGACACUAUGGAGGAAGACACGGCGGAGGUUAUGGUGGCGGAUUUGGAGGAGGCAGGCGAGGAGGAUACGGACGCCGGUGUUAGCGGAUUAGAAUGCACCAUGGUUGCCAUUCACGCCAGUCACUUGCGCAAGCUCGAUGCCACUGUAUUGAAUGACCUAUUAUCUGAGGAUGUGAGACAAUAA